AGCUGUAUUUCUGUCGUUCUUUUAAUGUGUCAGCAGGCAAAGCGUGAUGAACAGUUAAAUGAAACUGUCAAAUAUAUUGUACACCAUUUAAAAAUGUAUAAUUUUGAUUGCUUAUUGAACGUGUUUUAUUGACAUUUCUAAAUAGGCGGUGCAAGAAUUUACCAUCGUAACAAAGACGCUCUUCGUUGUUGCUAUAAAGAAACAACGAUAUAAACCAGCACUGCCAUCUGUUUAUUUUAAGAGAAAGAGUCUGAAAUCUUUUUUGUGUUAUUAGGGUAGGGUCAGAAAAUAAUAACUUGCCUAUAUAUUUCGGUAAUGGACGUCAUACAUUAAUGAUACAGCACAUGCUGUUGCGGUUCGAUGGGCUAGGACUAUGUUGUAAAGGAUCAUGAUCUUACAAUUUAAGGAAAAACUUCCUCGUGACCUGUCACUCCUCGUCUAAUCCAAUUGAGCUCUUUGGCUCUUGUCUAAGAAUAGUUCUUUAAUUUGCAAAAAGUGUCGAGGCACAGACACCAGUAGUCUUAGCGAUCAGACAGGAUAGCAAUAGUUUGGGUGAUUGUACAACAGGUCUACUUUCUAUGAAGGUAACAGAAGCUAAAAGAAACAUGUAGUGAUGAGACACACUGAAUUAAAACGUCUCGAAGACAUCAAAAGGAAAUCAGGACUUUUGGACAUUGAAUGCUAAGGUAUCUGUCCAGCGGCUCUGCAGGAUGAGCAGCACGUUUGUGACCCUCGCCGAGGUGCUGGAAGCCAGAGGAGGAGCACUGGAGGAAGAUGAGGUCUGGUCCCUCCUGCUGGGCUCGGCCGAAUCACUGGUGGACCUUUCCUACAAAGGUCACAAUUUCUGCAACAUUAUAACUCCUGCAUCACUGCUCUUGUCAGCAACUGGCACGAUUGCGUUUAAGAACUGUGCAAUGACAGAUGAGGUGUGUGCCUUUACAGCCCCAGAAAUGCUGCAAGGACGUACCAUUUCCACUAAGCUAGCCAUGGAGAAGAUAACUGUCUAUUCCCUUGGUAUGACUCUCUAUUGGUCAGUUGAUUAUCAUCUCCCUCAAAACCAGCCUAUUCAGUUAAGUGACUCUCUUAAUUCCCUUCUCCUGAGCAUGUGUGAGGACAUGGCCCAUCGGCGAGCAAACCUAAACUCUAUCCUGGAGGUAUGCGAAUCACACCACAAAGCUUCACUCCUGCCCCCUCCGAAUAAAGUCAUCAAACAGCUGGUGGAGGACGUCUUCCAAGAUUUUGUGGAUCGAGCUGCUUUAACUGAGAACGUUGUACAGUUGAGUGGCAAGAGUCAAAUUAUCAGAGAACGACUUCACGGUAAGCGUGGGCCGUAUCCUGGUUAUACAGAGGGAAGUGUAGCCACAGGAGAGACUCGCAGACUGUCUCUGGACUCAAAGCAAGGAGUUUUCCAUCACCAGAAAUCCUGGUCUCUCAGAAGCAGAUCUAGUCAGACCACAGCCUAUGAAGGGCUCUCAAACAGAAUUCCAACGGACCUUCACCAAAGACGAAGCACAAGUUGUUGGCCAUCACGGAGUUCAUACCUCAGUGUUCCCAAUAAGGAUGAAGCCCGACUUUCCAGUCCCUGUAUUACUAUUAGCGAAUCUGCAGUCAGCCUCUCCCAAAUGAAAGCUAAGAGUCUUGGACCUGAGUUUACUAGAAUGAAUGAUGAACCUCAUAUCGUUUUAGAGCUGCCUGGAUCUAUAGUGUCAAAAAAGGGCAAGUCAGUUUUAUCUCAAAGGGAAGUUAACGUGAUCAUGCCAAAUGAGCAAUGUGUGGCAGUGAAAUGUGACAUCAAGUCUCGUGGAAGAGAUGUCUUUGACAUGGUCGUGGCUCAUGCUAACCUUGUGGAGCACUUUUACUUUGGCCUUGCUUUCAUUGAUGAUGGUGAAUUUUUCUUUUUGGACCAAGAGACAAAAAUCUCAAAGGUUGCCCCAGAUUCCUGGAAAAAAGCGGCUUCCGUGACAUUUACGCUUUUUCUCCGUGUCAAAUUUUUCCCUGAUGACAUUUCGUACAUAUUGCAUAGAUUUACACGUCACCAGUACUAUCUCCAGUUGAGAAGGGACAUUCUGGACGACAGGGUGUAUUGUAAUGAAGAGACUGCAUUGUUUCUUGCUGCCCUGGCACUGCAGGUUGAGUUUGGGGACUACAUGCCUGAGGUUUAUGGGAAGAACUAUUUCCAGAUGGAGCAGUACAUAUCUAAGAGAGUUAUAGAGAAAGUGCCCUUGCCCUGUUUAAGAGAUGAGUUGCCAAGGUUACAUGCCAAUAAUGCCCAGUUGCUACCAGAGGAUGCUGAGACGGAGUUCUUAAAGAUUGCACAGCAGCUACCAGAGUAUGGGGUCUUGUUUCACAGAGUUGCCCGUGAAAGGAACUCUAUUAUUGGAGAGUUGAUGUUGGGAAUUUGUGCCAAAGGAAUUAUGGUCUACGAAGUCAAAAACAAUAGUCGCAUAUUAAGCCGCAAGUUUAAUUGGUCAGAGACAGACAGUCUUUCAACAAAUAGAAGAAAACUCACCAUUGAGUGCAGUCCAAGUGGUAAGAAGCACUCAUUUGAGACCGAGAGCUCAAAGAUUGCCCAAUAUCUGUUGAAUCUCUGCUCAGCACAGCACAAGUUUCACAGUGAGAUGACCUCGCGUCAGCUAACCUACUGUUUGGCCUCAGGUGACAGCGUGUCAAAAUAUAUGUCAAUAUGCCGAGCUCGACACGAUCAGAUAAAAAGGCUCUCUUGCUCUGAGAUAGUGCUCAAUAAUGUUGGUUUGAAUGGCUUACCGAACGACUCCAUGAGCAGGUCGUGUGACGACCUGCCAGCGAAGAUCGGGGUCCGGAUUCAGAAGCAGACCGAUAACAGUUAUAUUCCUGAACAGAGAGGUCUGAAUGAAAAUAAAGAUCAGAGCCAAAGCUCCAGCCCGCAGGACGCUUUAGGUUUUCCGAUAUAUCGCAUCAUGUCUAAUGUCUCCCUGCAGAAGCAGGACUUUGAGGCUCAUUCCACCACUUCAUCUAUAAGAGUCUUAUGGACACUCCCAAAAACUCCCCCUGAGAGAGAAAUCAUAUGUGUUACCCUGAAGAAAGAUCCUAAGCUUGGUUUUGGUUUUGUAAUAGUUGGGGAGGACAACACAGGAAAGUUAGAUCUUGGAAUUUUCAUUGCAUCCAUUGUUCCCGAUGGCCCGGCUGAUAAGGAUGGCAGAAUCAGACCAGGUGGUCGGUUGAUCUCUCUAAAUAAGAUCAGUUUAGAAGGAGUGACGUUUAAUACAGCAGCUUCCAUACUCCAGAACAGCCCAGAUGAAAUAGAGCUCAUAGUGUCCCAACCCAAACAGGACUUCCGUGACAGCAAGACCUCUUUGGCAUCAUCCAAUCUAGGGAUAAUGCUGGAAAAAGGCUUUGACUCCCAAAGCACCCUGAAUGCAGAGUACAGGCCUGUUAUGGAGGAGCUGGAGGAGACCCUCUCCAACAUCAUGGCUCCCAAAAUGGGAAAAAGACUACACGUACCUGUAGUGCGGAUUCUGGACGUCCAGGAUGAGCUGUCCAAUACGAUAUCCAGCAAUAAACCUGGUGAUGUCAUCUACGUGGAACUCAGAAAGAUCAACGGCAGCUUGGGGAUCAGUGUUGCUGGAGGAAUCAACACCAGUGUACGUCAUGGAGGAAUCUAUAUCAAGGGUGUGAUGCCGGGAGGAGCAGCAGAUCAGGAUGGAAGGAUACAUAUAGGUGACAGGCUGCUGGAGGUGGACGGCUGUAACCUGCGUGGUGUCACCCACAGGCAGGCGGUAGAAUGCCUGAAGAGAACAGGAGAGAUGGUAAGCCUGGUUCUGGAGAGAGAAGCUCCGGUGGUGCUGGAUAUUUCUAGUGCCUAUUCCACAUUAGAUAGAGAGAGAUCUCCAUCACCCCUCAGCACACAGAGCACACCCACCCCCCGAAGGAGAAAUGUCGCCAUGGAAACGCCCUUGUCUUUCCCCGCCAAGGACUUCAGCUUUGUGUCAAAUGAUGAAGCAGUUACAAUGGAGGUAAUCCUACAGAAGAGUUCGGGUGGCCUUGGCUUGACUUUCCGCAUUUCUGAGCUUUAUCCUGAAGAGGGCAGCAUAGUGCGUAUUAAGAGGCUUUUUCCUGGUCAGCCUGCAGGGGACUGUGGGCUUCUGAAGGAGGGAGAUAUAAUCGUGGCUGUCAAUGGAGAACCUGUUAGAGACCUAUCAUAUCAAGAAAUUCUGCAUCUCCUCCAGAAAUCGCCAUCUGAGGUCAGGUUGUCAAUCUGCAGACCUCCGCGUGCUGAACGUGCAGAUAACGACAUUUUACUGGAUCCUGCAAUGCUUCCAAAUCGUGAACAGAGAUCCAAAUCUCUAGACCUGCAAGCGAGGUCUCUCGCCCCAGAUCUCAGUGAACUCCUCAAGAAGACAGUUAUAAAGAAAGACGGUUCUCCAGAGAAAACCCAAGAGAUGCUAGAUAAUGUGCUGAUGGACAAGACUACAUCAGCCCCUCCAUCUCCACCUUCUUUUCCAUCCACAGGCGAAGCAGGGAAACCAAAACCCGCUGGCAUGAUGGAGCAGGACUUUGAUAACAAAGUCUCACCCCCAACUCCAUGCACUGCUAAAAUGACAAUGGCCAACACAGCACCACCAACUCCAAUAGCCUCUGAAGCAGCAAUAACAGCCGAUCAACAAGAAUUAAAAGAUGAUAUCAUCUCAAAAAACAGUAGCUCAACUCAUACCAGUCACACCAAUGAAGAUAUGGAUGAGAGCAUGAUAGAUACCUUAGCUAGCGGCCUGACAUCGGUCCUGACCAGUGAAGAAUACUCGGACGUCCCCACUACAGCACCAUGUUCUCCUGCUGGCACCACCUCUGUCUCCCAACAUCUGCUUCCUUCAUCGCCCCUAAGCACACCUCCACCCUACCAGGAAGCACCUCCACGGGAAUCCUCACCUGAACCUCAGCCACCCGCCCAGUCCAGUGCCCCUUCAACUAGCAACAAUGGCUGGGAUGAUGAAGAUGAAGAGGAUGAUGAAGAUCCCAGAAAAGACAUGUUGAAGGAGUUUGAACUGACUGUCUCGCUCACCAAAUCAUGGUGUGGCAGCUUUGGUUUUACCAUUACCAGGAGUAAACAGGACAACUGCUAUUACGUCCAGGAAGUCCUGGAUAAUCCAGCCAAAUCAGACGGUAGACUGAGAGCAGGAGACAGGCUUCUUUUGGUGAAUGGCCACAAUGUGACUAAUGUGCCAGAUCACGUGGCCAUUAGCAUUCUCCGGUCCUCCUCCAAAAGACUGCACAUGGUACUGGGCAGAGCUGUGCAAAAUCUGCUGCCACCACCACCUCCAGACACCCUCCAAGACAUUGUCAUAUCUAAAACUCCAUCUGGACAACUGGGUAUCAAGCUCACAGGUGGCAUUGGCAGUAAAUGGCAGGGAAUUUAUGUCCUGGAGGUGGUGCCAAACUCCCCUGCUAGUGAAGAGGGCAGCAUCCAGCCCAAUGACAAGAUUGUCUACAUCUGUGGGAAAUGCACACUGGGGAUGACAAUGGAGGAUGCAGUGAAAGUGUGUGAGGCCGCUCCACGUAGGGUCACAUUUAAAGCCAUGAGAGAUGAUCAACCAGUGAUGCCAAAAGGUCUGUUCGAAUGGACGGAGAAAACGUUCUUCCCUCCCCUGGAAGAUUCCAGCUCACCUGAAACGGAAGCAGUACCUGCAGACGGAAGAUUCAGGAAGAGGCUUUCUGUGACAUCGGAGCAGGAGAGCUGCAUUGUCCAGGUGGAGUUCACCAAGUCGGAGAGGGAUGGGCUGGGCUUUGCUCUGACAGGCGGAGUCAAUGGGAGCGCUCUUAGAGUGAAGGAUAUUUGCUGUGGAGGCAUGGCCGAACAGGAUGGGCGUCUGCGAGUGGGAGAUAUCAUUUUGGAGGUGAAUGGCAUCAUCGUGUCAGGUCUGAGCCACUGUAAAGUUGUAGAUAUUUUGAGGAAGGCAGAGGGCACGGUUCAGCUGACCGUUUGUAGGGACAUCCUCUCCAUGUCAGUCAGCUCUGGUUCAAGCUCCCCUACUAAAGCCUCUCCGGAACUAACCACAUCCAAUUCUGCAGAUCACCCAGGUUUCGAAACUUCUGGUUGUCCUGGAGGAGAAUGUGAGCAGGAAGGUCGAAACUGUACACCUACCUGUCAGAGGUGUUGCCCAUCUCUGAGAGUUACGGACAUGUUACAGGAAAGGACAGACCCCCAGAAGCAGCCACUAGAAAACUCUGACAGUCAGAAAAAGCAUAGCCAGUCAGACGGCUGGAGCAGCAGUGAUGAGGAAGAUGAUGGUGGUGACGAUGACGACGACAGCGCCCUUCUUUCAUCGCCCCUGGAGAUCGCCACUCACACAGGUGAAGCGAUUGUGUCAGAAGAGGAGCUUGCCAAUCUUGCAAUAAUAUCCCCUUCUAAGAAUGGGCGGUACUCUGGCUGCAGUGUCAAAGCCCUUAUCCAGUCUCUUGAACAGCUGGAAAAGCAAGAUCUGAUCAAAGAGUUUAUGGCUUUAGAGCAUUUGAAACCCUCAGACAACUGUCUGGUUGGAAAAGCCCCUGAAAACCGUGAGAAGAACAGAUAUAGGGAUAUCCUGCCCUACGAUAAGACGCGGGUUCCUGUUGGAGAAAACAAAGACUACAUCAAUGCCAGCUACAUUCGUAUGAAGGUGGGCACAGAAGAGUUCCUCUACAUCUCCUGUCAGGGCCCUCUGCCAGGCACACAGGAUAACUUUUGGCAGAUGGUGUGGGAGAACAAGUCUGAUGUUAUCGCUAUGAUGACUCAGGAGGUAGAAUGGGGCCGGGUCAAAUGCCACAAGUACUGGCCCGAGAAGCUCAGCGUUCCCAAAGAAACGGACCGUUACCAGCUCAUUCUGGACAACCACCAGAUGCUCGGCUAUUUCCAUAUUAAGAUCAUCAAGAUGGUGGAAAAAGAGACUGGUGAUGUUCAUUAUGUGAAGCAUCUGAAGUUUACCACAUGGCCUGAUCAUGGCACACCCCACUCCUCUGAGCAACUGGUGCGCUUCAUUCGCUACAUGAGGGCCAUACACUCUAAAGGGCCAAUCACGGUUCACUGCAGUGCAGGCAUUGGUCGGGCCGGGGUCCUCAUCUGUACUGAUGUCAUUCUCAGUCUCAUUGAGAAAGAUCUGAGUAUUAAUGUGAGUGACAUAGUGAAGGAGAUGAGACUUCAGCGACAUGGCAUGAUUCAGACCAAAGAACAGUACCUCUUCUGUUACAAAGUCUGGCUGGAAGUUUUGCAGAGCAUCUCACUUCUUCAUGGUAACCACUGGCAAUCUGAAACCUCUUCAUGUAUGAAUCCUUAAAAUCUUACUGUUGUUUCCUGAAAAAUGAGUGGCAGAAUGAUGAUUUUGGGUGUGUCUUAUAUAGUAUAAUCACUAUAGGUCCAAAUAUUAACUAUAUCAUAGGAAAUAGAUGAAUUAAUUAUCAGCAAUAUCUGAUUUAUAUUUUUAUAAAUCGUCACUCAUAGAAAUCCUGAUUUCCUAGCCUUAUAGUCAUUUUGCGUGUGAUGUGUGGUUGUUUUGUUUUCCUUUUUCACUAUUUUAAAAAUAUAUCCUUAAACCAUGUACAUAAAUGACAAAAUGUAUAUCCAAACCUAUAGUAUUGCACUGUAUCAGCUCGACAGUAUUGCAGUGUGUUUGAUCUUAGUUGCUAUCAUCUUCUUUUUAAAUGCUUUUUAGACUCUCUGGAGAAGCAGCCGCUAGACAGACAAUUUAAGUCAAUUUUAGCAAAGUGCCUUUUGAUUUCUAUACUGUAUGUGGGCAGUUUUCUUUCUGCACUCACUCAGAUUUUACUGUAAAGCAGACUGUUUACCUCCUCAUUGACAGAAGGUCAGAGCAGAAAGAGGUAUCCCAAAGAAAUCAGUAUAUGAUGCACAGAGAUUACAAACCAUAGCCUUCUUUUCUCUGAUGUUUGUGAGCCUCUAAUGCUCUGCUUGCUGGCAUAAUAUUUUCACUUUGACACCAUGGCAAGUAUUUACUUAUACAUGUAAUGGAUUCUUGCGGUGAGGAUCUACAGCAGACAUGGGGACUUGUGACUUGGUGACUUGGACUCGAGUCGACUCGAGUCGCUAUUUUUGUGACUUGUGACUUGACUUGACAAAAAAUAAAAUACUUGAGACUUGACUCGGACUUGGAAGUUAAAGACUCUGGACUUGACUUGACUUGAGACACGAUGACUUGAAUGACUUGAGUGUUAAUCACAUCAUGUUUUCAGUUUAAAUAUAAAAUAUAUAAAUUAUUUUAAAAAAUAAAGUCGACCCAGCUGGAGCGCAGGCUGAGAAUGGUGUUGUCAUGACUGAAUCACGACACUAUCAUUCGCCAUGCCCUCUCGUACCUUACGCACACCACGCCCACUUAGAUAUUAACAUGUCAGCCGGAGGGGUACGGAGGGUCAUCGCUUUUGGCUUCAACAAGAUGGCAAAAGACGAACAGUGCGUUGCAAGACAUGCAACAUUAAAAUCACAGGCAGCCAGACGGCAACCUCCAAUUUUGGUCGUCAUUUAAAGAGCCAUUAUGCCCAGUAAGUGCUUGUCAGUUUGUUAAUAUCUGGUUAGUUGGUAGUUAUCUAAUGGAAUAAUAGCUAAUGUAGCCCUCAUCAUACCGUGUUGGGGACAAAUGUGGGCAAAAUAAUUUUGAUUUAUUUUUUAAAAUACUUAUUUUUAUUUUUGAAUACUUCUUUUUCAAGUUUGCCACCUGAACACACACAGAGAAAAAUGACUUGAUUGUACAAUGUUAGGGGCGGUUCACAUGUCGCGUCUUUUGCGCGCUCAAGUUCGUUAUUUCAAAUUUAGCCGCGCGAACGAAAGAGGUGCGACGCACUCGUUGUUUCAGGGCACAUGUAUGAGAGAGAGAGAGAGAGAGAGAGAGAGAGAGAGAGAGAGAGAGAGAGAGGGGAGAAAUGUAACAAAGUUUAAUGUUGUACGUAAACUGUGUUUGAGAGAGGGAGGUGUUCAGAGGGGGGUCUGUUUGAUGUUAAGCUGUUAUUUGUUUUAUGGACUCAAUGUGGAAAAUUUCAAACGGUUGGCAGAAGUGAAAAAUAAAUAAUUUAUGAAGUUACAAUUUUGUUUGAUUCCAAGAUGUAUUUUACUGAACAUGAGUAUUUACAAUGCAAAUCCAAAUUAUUGUAAUUUACUGAUAGUUACUUACUGUAUAUCUUGUCACUUUAUUAAGAUCAGAUUCUGCAGGUAAAAUUACAAUAAUAAGGUGACUUGACUUGGACUUGACUUGACAUAGCCUGUGACUCGACUUGACUUGCCCAAGAAAAAAAAUACUUGGGACAUACUUGAGACUUGAAGGUUCAGACUUGAGACUUACUUGAGACUUGCACAUGUGGGACUUGGUCCCAUCUCUGAUCUACAGACAUAAUAUUAAGCAACAAACUCGUGAAUGUAUCAACAAUGGCGAUGGACCAAUAUUCUGUAAUCUUUUACUUCUAACUGUAAACCUACAGCACAAUAAUUUACAGCACAAGAAUGUCUUAAACGAUUCAUUUCAGAGCACAUCAGAGCUUUUAAAGUUUCUUAACAUUUAAUGUUAUUUAUUUGUAUUGCAGUACUUUUCAACAGGUAUUGUAAAAAUGUGAACCUACAGUAUCAGUGUAUUGCUGUAUUACAAUAUAAACGUUGUACUUGAACGUCAAGUAAGGGAGAGUGGGGCACAACCUAAUGCUUUUUGACUUUGGCUCUAUAAUUCAAAAAAUAUUUUAGUUAGAUUAAUAAUUUUUUACACAAUCAACACACACACACACACAUCUCUGCUACAAAUAAACACUUAAAGUUUGUUUGUGGGACCUACCGUUAUCGUACAAUUACACUGAAAGUGACAGGAGUGCAAACGUUACAUCUUACCCCAUAGGUGGGGUUAAUUGUAACAAACAGAGGGUUUGUUGUAACACCUGCUAGAAGAUUUAGUUUAAACACAAAUAAUUAAAUCAAAUUUUGUCUAUAAACUAAAGGUGGAUAUUGCUUAUAUACAUCUACUUAUAAUAGCUAUCCACACAUUAUCCUUCCAUGAUCCUUCAUCUAACCAUCCUUGUAUUAUGCAUCAAUGCAUAUAAAUAGAUUUGUCGGAAAGGGCUGCUCAAUUAAGACAAAAAAUCCCAAUUUUUAUCAUUUUGAUGAAUAGUAUUUACAUUGUUUUAAUUUCAUUAUCAUUGUAUACCUGAGGCUUAAUUGUAACGCUGUGUCACAACUACAGUAACCCCGCUGUGUAAAAAUGUUUUCAAUCCCAGCUAUCAGUUACUAAGAGUUGCUGACAUGUUUCAAAAUGGUGUUAUGUUUUAGGUAACAAGACAGUGAUUAAAAUAAUAUAAGGUUGGAUUUGAUGACUUACACACCCAACUCAGAAAUAAAACAAACUUAAUAUGAAGAAAUUUACUUUCAUUUCUUCAAAACACUCUUUGAUCAAAAUAUUUAUCAAAACACAUCAAAACUUUUUACAAAUUCACAGGAGAUCUUCUGACAGUAAGAGAAAAUGAUCAAAAGCACAGAUUGCUCGGCCCUGUAUAAAUAUGUAAAGUAGCUGUGUUACAAUUAACCCUGCGAUAGUUUGUGCCCUGCUCACCCCUACUGUAUAAGCUAGUCAGUCGUAGUAGUUAUAAGAUGUAUCAGAAGUGUAUUAAUCUAUCACUGUACUUGUUUUUACAAAUAAAAUUAGCA